AUGAAGUUCUCGAUCGCAGCCCUCUUCCUGGCUACUGCCGCCAGCGCUCACUAUGUCUUCCCAUCCAUCUCAUAUGGUGGACAGACAACUCAGGACUGGGAGUACGUCCGCAAGGCUGACAACUUCCAGAGCAAUGGCCCUGUGACCGACGUGAAGAGCGGCGCUAUGACCUGCUACCAAGCUACCAUGAACGCCGGAAGCACCAAGACCAUGGAGGUCAAGGCCGGCUCCACCAUCAACUUCAAUGCGCGUUCCAGCAUCACCCACCCGGGGCCCUAA